AUGAAUUUUUCACAGUGUCCAGAUGAAUUCUAAAUUGAAGAAUAAAAAUUUACCACAAUUCCUUAAAGAUCCUCAUUAAGCACUUUCAAUUUUGAGGUAUAUUAAAUAGUACAUUAAGAAUUUAGAAUCCAAGUAUAAGUUUACAUAUCCUGUGAAUCUGAAAUAGAAUGAUAUAAAAAGAAAUCAACUUAAUCAAACUCCUCCUCAAUAAACAAGAUAGUUGUAGCAGUUUGAAAUAGACCAAAAUUCAAAAUAAUAAAUAGAGAUACCUGCUUAAUUGUCUAAGUCUGCAAAAUAACCUUGUUCAUUUAGAGAAUAAGGAAAAAUAUAAUUGCAUAAAAAAUAAAUAGAAUAACCAUAAAGAGAAAUAAAAUCUAUUCUAAAUUUUUAAGUAGAUACCAAAUUCAUAAAUGUGAAACCAAGUAAAAAGAAAAAUCAAAAGCCUAUUCUACCUCAAUUUGAAUAAUAGUAAAUACAAAAACGACCCUUUAUGAUACAGAAUAAUCCAAAAUACAAGAAAAUAUCUCCUAAUAACCGAAAUAGAAGUCCAAUUAAAAAAAAUAUUAAUUAGGAUAUUUUUGAAAUAAGUUUCCAUUAGGAAACAAAAGUCAAUAAGUUUUAAUAAUUAUUAAAUAAAGCUCCAAAAUAAAUUGAAAUAGAUUAACAUAAAUCUUUGAAGUGGUUUGGAAAUAAAGAACUUUGCGAAGGAGAAUUAAAUGGAAUGAUGGUGUAAUUUAUAAAGACGGAAAAAUCAAAUGUGAUAUUAUGA